AUGGACAAAGUUGGAGCUGAAGUUGGUCAAAAAAUGCGGUCUGCAAUUAAAGCCAAACUUCUUGAAUUAAAUUGUUAUGUGGAUGAUGAAUUACCUGAUUAUAUAAUGGUAAUGGUAGCAAACAGACGAAACAAGAUGCAAAUGAAAGAAGAUUUAAAUCUAUUUUUGAACACUAAAACCGAAGCUUUCGUGGAUUGGCUUCAUAUCGUUCUAAAAAAACUCAAAGAAGUAACAGUCACAAAUCCAGAAGUUUAUAAAAUAGCAAUAAAGAGGAAAUCAAGCGAACAAGAAGAAGUAAAAGUUCAAAAAGAGAAGAAAUUUAAAAAACCUCUUAAUAGUGUAAAAAAAGAAGAAGAUAUAGCCGAAAAUAGACGAGAAGAUAAGACUAGUGAUGAAUUUGAUAUUCCACUACUAUCCGAGGUUAAUUCGUCUAGUGAAAAAGAUUUAGAAGAAAUCGAAAGAAAAAUUAGAAGUGUUAAAAGUCGAUUAGGUAUAUUGGUUGACGAACCUGAAGUUGAAGCAACUGUUGUUCAACUGCAAACAGAUAAAUAUAAACAAACCCAUAAUAUUAAUUUAGAAAGUUCAGCUGGCAGAGACAAUGAACCAACAGAUAACGAUGAGUUUCAGUCAGUUUCUGAAAAUCAAGCUAGUUUAACUCCGGAAAAAGAAAGAAGACAUUCGCCAAUCACUUUUGAAUCUGAUCGAACACCUCCAAGAAAACCAUCAGUGUUAAAAAGAUUAGGAGAAAGAAUCUCUGACCGAAAAUCGAAUUAUUCAAAAAGGGAACACCGAUUUAAAAGACGUUCAUCGUCGGAUAGAAAUACUAGUAGGAAAAGUUCGAGAGAUGAUCGUAUACGUAGUAGGAGCAAUGAUAGAAGUCGUCAUGGUGUUGUAGAGUUUUCAAAGUUAAAGAAUAAAUUAAGUCAAAAGGAAGUCAUGUCGAAAAUUCAUGUUCCCAAAAAAGUUCCGGAAGAAUUGGAACACUUGGAUGAAUUGAAAUUAAGAGAAGUACGCAGCAUGGUUCAGGUCAAACCGAGGGUAAUUUCUUCAGGUGCACCGCAACCUAAUAAAAAUUUGCUUUUAAAAGCUGUAGAGGAAGCGCAUAGAAGCGUAUCUCAAUCUACAAACAUUAAGGCAGUAAAUUUAAACGGCGAAAUACCCAAUACAAGAAAAUUGUCGCACAGAGAAAAAGUAAAACUGAGAAACAUUAUUUUGGCACAAGUUUCAAGAGAGGAUAGCGAUACUGAUGAUGAAGAAAGGGAAUACGAAUAUGUUCCUAAACCACUUGUAAAAAAAGGUCAUCAAGAAUUACCAGAAUAUGUUCCUUCAUCGAGAGAAUCUAUAGAUGAACCAUUAACACCAGAAAAAAACUCGAAGAAAAGAAUUUCGGCAAAAGCGCGACUAGAAAGAAGGAAAUCACCAUCGCCAAUAAUAUUUGAUAAGCGAAUAAUUAAGGUUUCCAGUAAUUCUAAUAAGUUGGAGAUUCCUGAUCGUCUGCCAGUGGUUCAUCCAGCAAUUUCUUUAAAAAAUAAAGAAACGUGUAAAUAUUGGCCUAACUGCAGACAAGGAGACAAAUGCGAAUUCGUUCAUCCAUCAACAAAAUGCGAAUUAUUUCCAAAUUGUCAGUACCGAGACAAGUGUUUGUAUAUUCAUCCUAGUUGCAAGUUUGGACCGGCUUGCACGAAAAAAAAUUGUCCGUAUAGUCAUUUUAACAGUACUAAACUAUUAAACAAAUUGCCAGUGACGCAACCCCAAACUUGCAAGUUUUUUCCGAAGUGUACGAACAUUACGUGUCCGUUUUAUCAUCCGAAACUCUGCAAGUUCGGAAAUUACUGUAAAAACAAAACUGAUUGUCCUUUUUCUCAUAUAUUUGAUAAAUCUAGUCUUACAUGGAGAUCAAAAGUGUAA